AAUUGUGCCGUUCUAUAUUCGAUUUUUCUUAAAACCCCUUGCAACGAUGAAGUCGUUGACGAUUCUAGUGGUAGUUGCAUGUCUAAUUGCUGUUAUUUGCGGGUACCGCAACCCAAACACCCUGGAAUGGGCUGAUUACGCGUACAACAUAGACGAUGGAAAUUGCAGGGGUACAAGGUUGAUCUACGAGGAUGUUAUUAAAAACGCCGAUCCUUACACGGUCAAGAAAACGACGUACAACUGGGACGGAAGAAGUAUGUAUCACAUAACGUGCGUAAGGGUGCACAAUCGUAUGCCCCACGAUACGCGCGCUGCGGAAGCCAGAGUUACGAAAGGCGGAGUGGGACAGAGCGAAGUCAAAAUAGAAAUGAUAUCCAAAAAUUCGGAAGGGCUGCACUUCAUCGUCGAAAUAUGGGGCGAAGAAAAAUACGGUUCCUCGCAGAACAUCGGCCUUCUGAUGGGUUCUCCUGAUCAGAACGAUCGGGUGUUGUACGUGGGAAAACAAAAAUAUUGUAUGUGCAAUUAGAACCGUAAUACAUUUAUUUUAUUAAUUAUUAAACCUUUUGGGCGCAUCAGCAGCGCCUAGCAGUAAUUUCGGUAAUUGUGAUCGUAUACAGUGUAUCGUACUUAAGAAAUGUACAACCAUAAAUGCAUUAUAAAACAAA